AUUAGAUGAAGUUCAAUGUCUCCAGAAAGAGGAGGUUGUUUGGUCGUGAGAUACAGUUCUCUGAUUACAGUUACAUUAACAAUAAGGAGCUUUACACUGAAGUGACGCCAGUGGCUCCUGGAGCAACUUCUCAAGAGAAUAUCCUUGAAAUAAAGAGACUGGAACUGGAGCAAGGGACACAGGCUAUUCCUGAAGUUGCUGAUAAAAUCAUUCAAUCAAAAUGGAGCUGUCCAGUUAAUGCAUGCACUCAAUAUGAACCAAGGACAUUCAGUGAAGAGGAACAAGAGAGAGUUUGGAAGAGUGAAGAGAUGCAGGAAUUCAUGAAGAAUGUGACACCAAGAAUGGAAUUGUGUUUGCAGCAGAAUGAGAUUAUGGAUAUAUUCCCUGAUGACUAUCUCCUACUGUCCAAUGAUGAUGGGAUUGUUGCUAACACAACUGACACUAAUCUUAAGGAGUAUCAGUCAUUCACUGACCUCAAGUUCAGUAAAGAUAAAGUUGUGACUUGUAUUGACUGGCAUCCAACAAUUAAAGGUAUAGUUGCUGUAUCAGUUGGUGAGCCAUACUCACUCAAUGAAAGGAUAGAAUUAUCAUUUAAACUAGUUCACUCAAACUCACUUGUUCUUCUAUGGAGCUUCACUGAUCCCAUUCACCCUCAAUUAUUUUUAGAAGCUCCUGAAGAUAUUUUGUGUUUUAAGUUCAAUCCAAGCAAUCCAAACCUCAUUGUUGGUGGCUGCAUCAACGGACAGGUUGUAAUAUGGGAUAUAACAGACUAUCAGGAGAGGCUACAGAUUCAUCGCUCAAUCAAUACAAAAGAGAAAGGACCAGUAAUGAACGCAUUGUUUAAUACUGAGCCCAAGCUUGAUCAUGCUCCUAUUGUCAGUUAUGUGGCUCUUUCAUCAAUUGAUGCUGGACACAGUAAAGGAGUCACUGGCAUUGAGUGGAUACCUGAUCAUCUGGAGUUAUCUCACAAGACCCUUCAGUUUGUUCCUAAUGGUUCCAACUAUUGCUCUCAACUGGUCACUAGUGGACUGGAUGGUAACGUCCUUUUUUGGGACAUGAGGCCCCUAAGCAGCAAGAAGUACACUCAGAAUAAGUCCCAACCAACCAGUGACCCUGACUCACCCUAUCACUACCUGCACUUGAUAUGGAAACCAUUUUAUAAGGUAAUGGGAACACAUAAUCCUCUACAU